AUGUUGAUUGAAUACAGCCUGACCAUAGACUACUUGUUGAUCUAUUUUGAGUUUAGUUCGGGUGGGGAACAAUAGCAAACAAUAUGUCAAUUGAGAUGUAUUGUGUGCCCGCAUGUAGAAUUCUGAGCCAAAAUUAAUCGUCGUUUAAAGUUACAUUGAAAAAUUCUGUUGCUUUUUUUAAGGUUUAAAAAUAUUCACUAUGAUGAAUGAACCAGAAGUCGAUGAUGUUGCAUUUUUAACCGGUGAAAACAUCAAGAAGCAAGUGAUUUACACCCACCACUCUGGCAAUGAUAAAAUAAGAAGGCUGAUUUGUUCCAAGCAGCAAACAUUCUGCGUCACUGCUGCUGUUCUUACAGUUCUUCUGAUUAUUGCUGCCAUUGCUUCGUUUGCAAGACCCAUUCCAAGGUGUCCUCUAUCCACUUCUCCGAUUGAAUUCCACCAUACAACUCUCCCUCCCUCUAAACAAGUUCCUAAAUCCAAAACCGGGGAGACGUUCCCCUGGCACGAUAUCCGUUUACCUCCUUUCAUUGUUCCUAUCCACUACAAUUUAUUUAUGCAUCCGAACUUGAACACCUUUGAAAAUACUGGUAGCGUCAAUAUCACCUUUAUGGUGACCAUGCAAACGAAUUUCAUCGUUUUGCACUCGAAGGAGUUGAAUUUGUCCCGUACGGCUGUGCUCGAGGGUGAGGAGCGUACGAUUCCCAUUGUACAAAAACUGGAGUUUCCGGUUCACGAGCAGUUUUAUAUCGAAGUGGGAGAAACUUUGAAGCCUUAUCAAGAAUACAUCCUUUGGAUUGAUUUCAAGAAAGCUCUCCAAGAGAAGCUGGAAGGAUUUUAUGUUAGUUCAUACAAAGAUGCUGAGGGAGAGAAAAGGUAUUUAGCUACUACCCAUUUUCAGCCUACAUUGGCUAGGGCAGCCUUUCCCUGCUUUGAUGAGCCUGCGAUGAAGGCAACUUUCAAACUGACCAUCGUCCAUGCUUCGACACUGUCUGCAUACUUUAACACUGAGAUGUCCCACUCAGCACCCUAUGGCAAUGGAGAGUCUGUCACAGUUUUUGACAAAACAUUGAAGAUGAGCACUUAUCUUGUGGCAUUUGUGGUCUGCGAUUUCAGAAUUCUAGAGAAACUCAAUGAAGAUGGAGUCAAUGUUCGUGUUCUUGUGCCGCCAGAUCAAUACAGCCAUGCUCAAUAUGCUCUUGACACAGCGGCUAAUGUUCUUCACUUCUUUCGUGAUUUCUUCAACAUUAGUUAUCCUCUAAAUAAGUUGGAUAUGAUUGCCAUUCCUGAUUUCGGUCCUGGUGCAAUGGAAAACUGGGGUCUUGUGACUUUUCGUAUGACUACCAUUUUAUAUAAUCCCAUGGAAACGUCCAGUGAGAGCAAGGAACAUGUUGCAACUGUUAUUGCUCAUGAGUUAGCUCAUCAGUGGUUUGGUAACUUGGUUACCAUGAAGUGGUGGAGUGACUUAUGGUUAAAUGAAGGAUUUGCUAGUUUCAUGGAAUAUUUGGGAACAAACCAUGUAGAACCUGGCUGGCAAAUGAUGGAUCAGUUUAUUGUAAGCACAAGUCAAGAUGCAAUGGCAUUAGAUGGAUUAGAAAGCUCUCAUCCUGUUAUGACUGAUGUUGACAACCCAGAAGAAAUAGAUGCCAUUUUUGAUUUUAUUUCCUAUAAAAAGGGUGCUGCUAUACUCUAUAUGCUUGAAAAUUUUCUUGGCCGAGAUACCCUGAAGAAAGGAUUGAGCAUUUACCUUAACAAAUAUCAUUACAAGAGUGCCAGCACAAAAGAUUUCUGGGAUACAUUCACACAGGUUGCUUUGACCACUUCUCAUUUAAAUGUCUCUCAAAUAUUGGACACAUGGACACGUCAGAAGGGCUAUCCAAUUCUGAUUGUCACUUACAAGCAUCCACACGUAAGAAUCCAACAAAAAAGAUUCUUGCUCACCCCUCCUGAAUCUGACACCGUCUCUGAGGUUUCCCCCUAUGGCUACAAGUGGUUUGUUCCUGUCACUUAUGUCACUGAUGUUUCUCCAAAAGAAAAUAUGUUCUGGCUUAAUAUGACUGAUGGAGAAUUUCUAGUACCUGCCAAAGCUAAAUGGUUGAAGUUGAAUAUUAACCAAACAGGCUUUUAUAGAGUUCUCUAUGAUGACAGACUAUGGAAUACUCUGAUAAAUUUACUUUAUACGAAUCACAAAGUUUUCAAACCAGCUGACCGUGCUAAUCUCUUAGAUGACGCUUUGACUCUGGCUAGAGUUGGAAUUUUGAAAUGUGGACUAGCGUUAAACUUGACUCGUUAUCUGAUCAAAGAGGAAGACUAUGUCCCAUGGGAAACUGCCAUUUUACAUAUGGAAGUGCUAGAUGUUUUAAUGCAAGAGAGUCCUGGUUUAUUCCUUUUCCAUAAAUAUCUAAAGAAAUUGUUGAAACCAGUGGCUGAUAUUUUGCGAUGGACAGACGAUGGAGAUCAUUUAAAAAAGAAGCUGCGUUCAGCGGUACUUCGUGCUUUAAUGAGAUUUGGUGAUGAAGACACUAUAAACAAGGCAAAACAGAUUUUCCAAAACUGGCUGAAACUUCAAGUGAAAGUGGCCCCUAACCUGAGGAGUGUUGUGUACAGCACAGGAGUGAAAUUUGGUGGUAAAGAGGAGUGGCAGUUCUGCUGGAAGAAGUACCAGGAAACUCACAUACCAUCUGAAAAGAGAUUGUUGCUCACAGCUCUAGGAUACACACAGGAUAUGUGGCAGCUAUCUCAAUACUUGAAUUAUUCUAUGGACAAGGAUAAAGUUCGACCACAGGACACAGCCCUAGUCAUCAGUAUUGCUGCUCGCAAUCCUAUUGGCCGCCUUAUCACAUGGAGAUUUGUGCGCAUGAACUGGUCUUAUUUUGUGGAAAUGUUUGGUCCAGGAUCAUUUUCAAUGGAUAUGAUCUUAUCCGAAUCCAUUUCUCACUUCAGUUCGAGGUUUGAUUAUGACGAAGUCAAAAGUUUUUUUCAUGGCAGAGAUGUGGGUACUGGUGCUCAGUCUUUACAUCAAAGUCUUGAACGAGUAAGAGCGAACAUCAAAUGGCGGCAAAAUACAGAAGCCUCUUUGAUUCAGUGGUUGCAGCAUAACAGCAAUUGAGUUUUAUAAGCUUUUUCUAAUUCAUUCUAUUUUAGCUCUGAAUCUUAGAUGUUUGUGUUAAACAAAAUGUUUUAGGCAUGUGCUGCCAAGAUUUCUGAAGUGCUCCGACUGAGCUCAAGGAAGGUAUAAAUUUCCUGCAUUUUCAUGUGGAAAAUAAGGAGAACACUAAGGAGUAAUUAAUGGAAUACUUUUUUUUAUUUAUUAUUUAAAUUAUUUGUAGUUUAUCAAAAAAUGUUAGGUUAUGAAAUUUCUUUAUAGUAUUUAAUUUUAAAAGAAUCCCUAUGAUCUGUCUUGCAAUGCAAAUUAAUCAUACAAUUCAUAUGUUGAAUUAUUGUUACACUUUACACAAAAUUGAAAUGGCACUGCAAA